GUUGGCUCUGGGGCUGGCCCUUUGGGUGGGUCUGGAAGCGGGCUUCCUCUUCACCCCAUCCCAAAUCCUUACCGUGGUUGGCGCUGCGAUUCUGUGGAGUGUUUCAAUCGGUUCAAGGUUGAGGCAGGCGUGGGACCAAGUUGGUCUACCAAGGAAAAGAUGCCAGAAACAUUCAGGGCCAGAAGCAGGGAGAACACCAAUUAGCCGAGAUCAGCUGCAGUGCCAAUGCACUCUGAACAACCCGGAUUCCUUUGGAGGGCUCCUGAUGCCAUAUAUGGCCAUGCAUGGGCUUACUGUGGCUCUCCUGCUCAUCUUCCUGGCUGGUGGGACUGAAGCCUUUCGUAUCUGUGCCUUCAAUGCCCAAAGACUGACAUUGAGCAAGUUGGCCAAGGAGCCAGUGAUGGAUACCUUAGUUCAAAUCCUGGCUCGAUGUGAUAUCAUGGUGCUUCAGGAGGUGGUGGAUUCUUCCCAGAAAACUGUCUCUCUUCUGCUUCGAGAACUUAAUAGAUUUGACAGUUCCAGGACUUACAGCUUCCUAAACAGCUCCCUGCUAGGGCGCAGCACAUACAAGGAGAAGUAUGUGUAUAUCUACCGGUCUGACAAGACACAGAUUCUGAAUUCCUACCAGUACAAUGACACAAAUGACCUUUUUGCCCGAGAACCUUUUGUGGCCCAGUUCGCUCUCCCUAGCAAAAUCCUUCCAAGUGUGGUACUGGUUCCACUCCACACUACACCCAAGGAUGUAGAGAAGGAGCUGAAUGCCCUAUAUGAUGUGUUUCUGGAUGUCUCCCAACGCUGGCAAAAUGAGGAUGUGAUCCUGCUUGGGGACUUCAAUGCUGACUGUGCAUCACUGACUAAAAAGCGUCUCAACAGCCUGCUCCUUCGGACUGAGGCAGGCUUCCACUGGGUGAUUUCUGAUGGGGAGGACACUACAGUGCGGGCCAGCACCAACUGUACCUACGAUCGGAUUGUGAUGCAUGGGCAGGGCUGUCAGACCCUGCUGAGGGCUGCAGCACCCUUCAACUUCCCCAGGAGCUUUCAGCUGACUGAGGAAGAGGCUCUCAGCAUCAGUGACCAUUAUCCUGUGGAGGUGGAGCUGAGUCAGGCAACUCACAACAUUCAACUCUUCAGUUUGGCCAUUCUGCUCCUGCUGUCACUUUUGCCAUCUCAACUGAGCUAGGUGGCUUAACACCUUUUGUACCUUAUGGACAAUGACUUAAAACACUGGCAUCUCCUGAAGCCAAGCAAGAUCUGAAUGGUUUCAACUACAGCCUUCCCUUUCUUUUUAUGUAGGCUUUCUGCUGCUUAUUAUUCCAAGAGGAAGACAGGGCUACCAGUGUUAUUUCCUAUUAUAUCCAAUACCGUGGGUUUUGGUGCAUUUGGAAUAGAUACAACUUGUCACUUCAAGCCAUUCCACCUUAGACACAGAGACAAAGCAGGCUCCAGGGCUCUCUGCAACACACAUUUAGAGCCAGACAGAACAUGUAUUCCAGAUACCUUAUAAUAGAAAAUGAGCUCACCGGCCGGGUGUUGGUGGCACAUGCCUUUAAACUAAUCCCAGCACUUGGGAGGCAGAGGCAGGUGGUUCAAGACCAGCCUGUUCUCCAGAGUGCCAGGAUAGGCUCCAAAGCUACAGAGAAACCUGGUCUCAAAAAACCAAAAAGAAAAAAAAAGAAAACGAGCUCACCAAAAUAUGCUCACUUGGGAGACAUGAACUCUUUAAAAACCCUCUACCACCAGCUUACAAAAAGCUCUGGUAGAUUGUAGCAUUGUCACCACAGGUUUACUUCAAAAUUUUUAGCUCCAAACAAUCAUGUUAUUCCAAUGAUUAAACUAUAUGGGCCAGCCUUCUCUCUGGACCACAUAUCCCUGAUACAUUUGCUCUGUACUUAUGAACAUGGCUCUGCUAGAGAUGUCAGGUUUAAAAUGUUCCAAUAAAAUCACCAGUUGUAACUC